GUAAAAAAUGUUUGGAAAGAAGUGUUUGCAGAUAUAAACAAUUUUGAGAAAUAUUUACGCUUAUUGAAUGGAAAAUAAUUUGUUUACAAGUUGAGGUUUAAUUUUUUCUGUUCAGUGGAAGUAAACAAGUGAAUGUCAAGUAACUUAUUUCAAACCAGUUCAAUGAACUGAAGUUUAUUUAAGCAGUUAUUCACUGAAGAAUCUUCACAAGAAAAGAUCGUGUGUUUUUUUUAGCACAGAGCUUCAAAGAAAACAGAACGACGUAAAACAAAUGUUCAAUUAUCAACUUCAAAAAACAAUGUGAUUUCCCAUACUGCGUGUGUUGCAACAUUUCCAAUAUCACGGAAGAAGUGCAAAAAUACAUUUAAUAUCAAAUAUUCUCCGGUACUAACAAUAAAAUUAUGACUUAUUGUAAUUUACUAUGUUCGUUAUUGCAUAUAUACUUGUUGGCUGUUUUUCAAUUCCAUAUUACGUUGGGAAGCAAUUUCAAAUCAGAUAUGAAAACAAGUAGCGAGACCAAAGACCAAUCUUUGUACGAAGCUCUGGGGUAUUUGAGAAAAAAAGAUCUAUUUAAUGUGUCGAAUAUAUCUCUGUUGGCAAACAGAAACAUUGAAAAGACCUUUGCGGUCAUGCUCGGAUACUACACAAACUUUGAAGACGAUCCAAAGACAACUCAUGCAAGAAGAAGCGCAUACCUUUGUUUGAUCAGUUGGUUUUAUGAAUAUUUUAAAGUUCCAGUUCUAAUCAUCACAGAUAGUAAUACAGAAGAUCAUGUCAAUGAAUUCAUUCAAAAACAAAGCAGUCAAAUAACUUUGUUUUCAUAUCAGUACACAGACAAUACUAUGUUUCGAGAUGUCUUACACUGGAAGGUGGAAGGAUAUAAAUUAUUUGUCUUUCUCUGUUCUUUAAAAUGUUACGCAGAUAUUAUAACAAUGGUGGCUAAUGCUGAUCUUCAUGACAACAAAUAUAUUUGGGUAACUGAUAAAAGUGAAGUAUUUUCAUACAUUAAUCCUCCUGAAAAUAUGUUGCUUGUUGAUGUAAAUUCCUGGCACAGACCAAGUCCAACAUUAUUUGAAUGCAGUUAUCGUGAAAUCAAGGACAUGUUAAGUGUCGAAUUGUAUAGAAUGACAGUACACAAAUCAAGGCACUUGCAAGAAUUCUCAAAUGUCUAUUAUCUAGACCAUAAAAAGAGUUGGUUAUCCCUUUCCAGUGAGGGUUACCACACAACAUCAAUAUAUCUCGGUGAAAUAAACUUUCCUCAUCGAAAAAGAAAAACCGUCGUUAACAUUGUGACAAUAAUUGAACCACCAUUCACAACAUUAUUCAGGAUAAAACCAAAGUCAUUUGGAGAUGCAUGCCGCAUAGGUAAGUUAUGUUGGGUAUAUGAAAUGUUAAAUGCUACAUUAAAGGUUAAAGUACAGUACUGUUGUAUGGGAUUUUGCAUGGAUUUAUUGCAUAAACUUGAAAAAGAUUUGAAUGUAGAAUCUCAUGUGUAUUUGGUGGAAGAUUCUGUUUAUGGAGUAGAAAUAAAUGGAACUUACAAUGGGUUAAUAGGAGACGUGAUUGACGGAAAAGCAGAUGCCAUUUUAGCGCCUAUUACCAUCUAUCAAUGGCGUUCCAAAAUUGUCGAUUUUUCUGAGCCCUAUUUGACCAGUGGAAUCAGUAUUGGUACUGUUAUACGACACACAGAAAAGACAAUUUUUAACUUCGAUAUUUUUUCACCUCUCUCUUUAAAUUUAUGGAUAAGCACAUUUGCAAUCUCGAUGACGGUGAGCAUACUCUUGUGGCAUAUGGAACAUUUUUUAACAAAAGAGAAUAUUUAUCCGUGGAAAGAGAGUAUCUUGUAUCAAAUUGGAUUGGUAUUUCAGCGCGAUAUGGGAGGACAAAAUCCAAUAAUAAUCAGCACGAGAGUAAUCGCAUUAUGUGUGGCAAUAUUUAUGAUGAUUCUGAUGUCAUCAUACACAGCAAUGUUGACUGCCAAAAUGGUGACAUAUUCUGACAAUUUACCGAUCACUGGAUUUAAGGACAACAAGGUUGUUAACCCUAGCAAUGAUUUUAUCUUCGCAACUAUUGCACAAUCUGGUAUAUCAAAAAUGUUCCGGGAUGGAGAUAACAAAGGCUGGAAAAAAAUGCACAAGUUUAUGCAGAACUAUAAUUUCAUCAACACUACAAAAGCAUUUAUAGAUCUAAAAUCAGGAAAACUGAAUGCUAUAAUACAUGACACAACAGUUAUAAAGUACUUCUCCAGCAUUGAUCAAGACUGCAGCAUUCAGAGUGCUGGUGAUCCAAUCCCAGAUGCUGGUUAUGCUAUAGCCUUGCCUAAAGGCUCGCCAUGGAAAACAAAAAUUGAUAAUGUGAUUAGAGAAUACAAAACUCGUGAAGUAAUUAAAAAACUGGAAGAACGUUGGUUGCCAAACAGUUGUCUUAGUAAAUCACAAGAACAUACAAUUGAUCAGGCAGAAAUAAACUCAUUUGGUGGACUAUUUGUAGUACUAAUUGCUGCGUGUUUUCUUGCAAUUGCGAUUUUCGUUGUUGAACAUGUACUGUGCAGAUUAAAACAUAAAAUAUGGUAUACUUUUUGACAGUUUCUACGUUAGAACCAAAAAAGUAUACAGGUACUAUGAAGCAUUGGUUUCGGUACGCUUUGAAGACUAAUGUAUAAAUAUGUAUACAAACAGCAUUGUCUUAAUAACAUUAAAAAAAUAUAAUGCAGCUUCCAGCAUCACAAGGGAGCACUUGAACACAUUCAUACAAUUUUGUUGUUAUUGUAAAAAGUCCUUACUUUACUAUUAACUUCUCUAAUAACAUUUUAUUGUCUGCUACAUAUCAGGAAUACAAAAAACUGUUAAUAUCUUUUUAAAUUUUUCGAUGCUGAUUUU